CCUUUUACAAUCUGACUCUCUUUUCUUUCUCACUAUGUCUGCAUUUUGAAGCUAUUGAAGUGUGUCGGAUCUGGGUUUCGCUGUCACCUUCGAAUAGAAUCUUGGGUUGAUUUUAUUUUAAACUUCUUUCUGGGUUGAAUGUGGUCCAUUAACCGUGUAACUUCUUCAAAGUUGCAUUUCUUUUUUGGGUUUUCAUAUUUUUCUUGUUGUUUUCUUGAAAUCUUUGUCGCUUGCGCUUCCUGGGUUUUUUAUGCUUUCGAAUCCUAUCUACUAGAGUUUUCCAUUUCCCAUUCAAAGAUAUCUCUACUUUUAAUCCUUUUUCCCGCUUUAUUUGUUGUUCUUCAGCUUUAUAUCCCUUAUUUUUCUUCUUUGCUUGACGGUCCUUUAUUGUUUUUUAUGCAGCUUCAGUACUGCUCUUUUGACUGGCGACCGCUACUUUCUCGGGUUUCUUCUAAUUAGUCUUCUGUACUAUAUGCUGUCUACUUGUAUCGGCUAUCAUUUUCUGCCAUUACUAGAUGGGGGAUCAUUUCGUGUUGCUGAUGGAUCGGCUGCUCACUGAAUCUACUCUUGAAGCUGCUAUUGAGAGCAAAAACUGGUUGAAGCAAGCCAUGCCCUCAGCAAGCCAAAAUUAUUUGAGUUCUUCCUAUAGGAUGGAUGUCAGUACUAAUGUAUGUCCAAGUAAAUUGGUAGAAUGUAGGAUUUGCCAUGAUGAGGAUGAAGAGUCAAACAUGGAGAUGCCCUGUUCUUGCUGCGGCAGCUUGAAGUAUGCGCACCGCAAAUGUGUUCAAAGGUGGUGCAAUGAGAAGGGUGACACCAUCUGUGAGAUUUGCCGUCAGCAUUAUGAGCCCGGUUAUACAACACCUCCGCCUCUAUUUCACUAUGGUGGCAUUCCAAUAAAUCUCAGCGGAAAUUGGGAGGUUUCCAGAAGGGACCUGCACGACCCUCAAUUUAUACCAAUGGUUGCUAGUGAUCAUGAGUUUUUAAACACCGACUUUGAUGAAUAUUCAACUCCUUCAAGAAGCUUGAUUUGCUGCCGUGUAGUUGCUAUAAUUUUUAUGGUUCUUCUAGUUUUACGUCAUACUCUACCAAUCAUAAUCAGUGGAGCUGGAGAAUACUCAUCGACAUUGUUCACGUUACUGAUGUUAAGGAUCAUUGGGAUUCUUUUGCCAAUCUAUAUUAUGGUAAGAGCAUUCACUGCUAUCCAGCGUCGACGACACCAUCAGGAUCCUCACUUCUCCCUUGUCACUUCUCCUUAUCUCGAUUAAAGAAAUCCUAAUGUACUCACGUCUGCAUUGUGGAUUUUCUCAACAAUCGGCUCGUUCAGAUUUAGAAGCCAGGUUGAAGCGGAGACGCUCAAGAUGAUUGGUGCAAUAGUACCACUUUUGGCUGAAGGAAGCCUUUUAACUAGCUGCAUCUAUUUAUUAUAUAAUGACAGCUCCUUAUACGAAUUAUGAAGUAUUAUUGUUAAAGACCUAAAGCGACAGUGAAGUGUAUAUAUGAAUGCUGCUUUGAAAAUUGCCAAUGGGAAAGCCAAAAUUAAAGUGGCAUAUAAUGUUUGAUAGAGAGUUGGCGAUAAAUCGAAUCAAUGGUUAAUCCUGGUAAUGUGGGAGUACCAGAAACGACUUUAACCCA